AUGCCCAAGAAACAUAACCGGCCCUUGUUCUCUAAGCCUGUCACUCCUGCUCAUCAUACCCUCUCAUCCUCGGGACGUCAUCAGGAUGGGCCUUCUCGAGUUUCCGCCUCAACCGAGUCAAGCUCUGUCAACGACCUGAUCAGCCAUCUUCGCCGCACCCAAGUCGGCUCCCCGUCCGAUGAUGGCCCUUCACAUUCCCCAAGACCAUAUGUGUCUCCCCGAUCCGUUCAUCCUUCGCUACGCAAUCUCCUCGAGCUGCCGGAGACCCCGCCGCCUCGCCCGCGCCCCUAUGCUCGCCGCGUUGGCGUGGCGGGGCAUCGACUACGCCGGACAGCAGGACCUCCGCCACCUGCGAGCUGGCUUGCUGGCAGCACCAGCGAAGGAAUAUCCGUAACAGACGGUCAGCUAGAAACUGCAGCAGAAAGACGCGUAUAUCGCUUAGAAAGACUGCCCGGCGCUGCCUUUCCAGAAAAACAGCGUCUAGCGCACAUGGUGCUCAAAUCCAUGGCGUUAAACUGGGCCUGGCAUUUGGACUAUGAUGGCCCGUUUUUGGCACAGCUUCCCAUUCACCUCAAGAUGCUAUUGUUUAGCUAUAUGGCAGUCUAUGCGAGAGGUCAAGCUCUACAGGGCCGUAUGAGGGGGUUGAAGCCGCUCAUUUUGACGGAAUCGGAUCUCAGAAAGGAGAUGGCUGUGGAUGAUAAUGAGAUUUUUAACACGGACUCGAAAAUAACUCGUCUCGAUAUGGGCAAUGCUCUUGGUUACUGGAUAUCCUUCAAACAGGUUACCAACGAGCUUCUGGCCUCCAAACCCGCUGCUGUCCGAACUCGGCGUGGAUCAGAAGAUGGCGUUCUAGCUUCGUGGGACGAGGAAGCAGAUUCCGACGAUGCCCUGAUAGGUUCCGACAAUCCAGAAUCCCCCAUUCCCAAGACUGUUACCAACAUCCUGCGCUUCGACAACCUCCGCUUUCUCUCAUUCGCACAUCCACAUCCCGGCGCCGCAAGCUGGAAUUCUCUCUUACAGCUCCUAUCACGUCUGUCGACAAUCACUCACCUGUCUCUUGCUCACUGGCCUGCUCCAACUCGCACCCCCAAUGCCGUCCACGCACGCAUUCGCCACCCAAACCACCACUCCCUCACGUUUGCCUACAGCGGGACUGAUACCUACGCCGCACUGGAUAAUAACUGGGCUGAGGCAGCCGGUCUCCUCCGCCAGCUCUCCCGCUCGACCUAUUGCCUAAAGUGGCUCGACCUCGAAGGCUGCAGCGACUGGCUCCCCGCGUUGACCUGGACCGGUACGGACCCUGACGGUCAGACCUAUCGCCCUGGAACUUCUGGUCCAGAGUGGAAUGGUUCAUGGAGAGACAUUGAGUGGAUUGGUCUGGGGCCAGGCUGGAUUCCGGAUCUCACUGAUGAUGGGUUUCUGGCAAGCCCUGACACACCGUCUCGUCCUUCGCGCUCGCUGGCGUCGUCGGUGCAUUCCCCACUGCGAGAUGCCGAUUCCGAUGAUCUUCCCUGGGAUGUAGAGAAAGAACGGGUUCGUUACCGUCGUGCUAAAGAGCUAGAGGCUUAUCGCUGCUCUAUUCGCACUGCUUUGGAUGUUCACCGGCACGUUCUCCAGAUCAGGCGCGAGAGCCGUGGCAAGUGGGUACAUUCCUCGCUGGGGAUUGAGGAUAUGGAUGAGGAUCUAGUGAGAAGUUUAUUAGGGCCGGAGUACCCCCGAGUGUUUCCAUAG